AUGGACGACAGAGACAAAUCCGAUAGGCGAAACAGAGAUCGACACUCCGAACGUGACCGCGAUCACAAGCAUCAUCGGACCCGCCACGAUUCCGAUGACCACCGUCAUCAUCGAUUGGACCGGAAUGCCAAACACGAACACAAAACUAAGGACCGAGAGGGAAGCAGAUAUAGGUCUAAAGUGAAGCGCGAUGAAGAGAUGGAAGAUUCAGUGGAGCCGCGACACUCUCCGCAUUCUCACAAACGGAAGUAUAGGGAACACAGUGACGAUCGGGAUUUGGAGGAUAAGAGAAUUAGGGUUUCUGAAGAGAAGAGGGAAGUGAAGAAGGAGCUUAGGAAGUUUGGUGAUAAAGUGAAGAAAGAUGAAGAUUAUGAUAGUGAGCCCAAGAUCAAGGAGGAAGUCACUAAUGGUGCCCAUGGCUUUGCCUCUUCCAAAGACAACGCUUCUGUGCAUAAUGGCGUUGCGGCCGGAUCUCCUGCCGUGGUGCAUGCUAGUGUGCCACAGACAUCUUUGCCCCCUCCUCCUCCCAUUCCUAUUAAGAUGGGUCUUCUUCAACUGCUGGGAAACCUGGAAGCCUCUCUAUUGAUGCCUUAG